GAAUGAAAAUAGUAAUAAUUAUAUACACCAUGAGAUAUCUGCUGGGGAGGUAAUUGAUAUGAGGCAAAGUUAGUAAGAGUUAGGAAGAAUAAUGCAAAAAACAGCAAAUUAUGGUGUGGUUGGUAUAACUUAACUCCAUCCUAAAAUUGUGAUCAUUCUUUUGGGCUCUUAUAAUAUUUAUUCUAAUAAUGCAACUAUUUAAACCUUCAAUAUUGUAACAGGAGAGAGCGAUUUACUCUUUCUUACUGCUCCUUUAACCAAAAACUAUCUUAUGUUUGGUGAAAUGGAACACAAGCAAGAACAAGACAAUGGUAACCAAAAUAAUAAUAUGUCUGGUAAUGGUAUUGAUGUUACCCUAAUGUCUCCUAAAAUUCCAAAAUCAGUUUCACCAGUUUCUUCUGCAGCUGAGGGGGAAACCUUAAAGCGGCCUCGUGGUCGGCCAGCUGGAUCAAAAAACAAGCCUAAGCCACCUAUUAUUGUCACCAGAGAUAGUGCUAAUGCACUGAAAGCUCAUGCUAUGGAAGUAAGCUCCGGGUGUGAUGUGAAUGAGAGUUUGUUGAACUUUGCAAGGAGAAAGCAGCGUGGUCUUUGUAUACUUAAUGGCACCGGUUGUGUCACGAAUGUAACGCUGCGCCAACCAGCUUCUUCUGGUGCCAUUGUGACCCUUCAUGGUCGAUUCGAGAUUCUCUCAUUGUUGGGCUCAAUUCUUCCGCCACCUGCACCACCAGGAAUCACUGGUCUUACAAUUUAUUUAGCGGGUGCUCAAGGACAAGUUGUUGGAGGUGCUGUAGUUGGUGCUUUGAUUGCUUCAGGACCUGUUGUGAUCAUGGCUGCAUCAUUCAUGCAUGCUACUUUCGAUCGUCUGCCACUGGAAGACGAUGAACUUGCUGCUGCAAUGCAGAAUCAGCAUUACCAAAAUGGACGCGCGGCACAACAUCAUCUCGAUAUCUCUGACUUAUAUGCAAUGCCGCAAAACCUCCUCAUGAAUGGUGCAAUGCCACCUGAGAUAUACUCUUGGGCACCGGGUCGAAACUUGUCAAAAACCUGAAACUUAGUUUACUAUUAGUAGUUGUAUCACAUCCACAAAAUACACUAUAGGAUAGCUAUAAUGUUACCAGAUUCUUGUACAAGCAAGGGUAUAAGAAGGUUGACAUUGCUAAACAAGAUCAUAUGCCUAUGCUUAUUCUGUUUUAUUCUGUUGUAUUACUAUUAUCAAUUGAUUUAACAAAUUAAUAAGUGCUAUGAUUUUUACAA